AAAUCCUCGAUAGCUUUGAAUAUAAAAACAUUCAUUUUCCAUAUCUGUCUUGAUUGGUAGUCUAUUACUUUUCGCUCAGAAGCUCUCCCAGCGCUUGUUUGGGCAGAUAAUUCCUUAGUCUGGACGUAGUUUUGCGACGAAAGCUCCUCCAACGUUUCCACUCAAGAUGCCUUUGGAGAAGAGUUUGGAGGGCGUUCGGAAUGAGCCUGCCCCUGGAAUAAGCUAUUUUGCUUCUUAUCAGAAUCCUAAGGCUGGUACUGCGGCAGAUCCGCAGUCAGAUGGGACAAGACCGCCCAAAUUGUUCCAACCGCUGAAAUUGCGGGGGGUUACACUUCAAAAUCGCAUCGGGUUGUCUCCUCUAUGCCAAUAUUCUGCAGAUGACGGACACCUAACAGACUGGCACAUGGCCCACAUUGGCGGUAUCGCGCUUCGUGGACCGGGAUUUAUGCUCCUUGAAGCCACUUCCGUUCUCCCCGAAGGCCGUAUUUCCCCAGAGGACUCAGGACUAUGGAAGGAUUCCCAGAUCGAGCCCCUGCGACGCCUAGUCGAGUUUGUACACAGUCAGAACCAGACCGUAGGAGUUCAGCUUGCGCAUGCAGGUCGGAAAGCGAGCACCUUGGCCCCGUUCCUUGCAACUGGUGAUAUUGCUGUGGAGGCAGUAGGCGGUUGGCCGGAUAAUAUAAAAGGUCCCAGUGACAUCCCGUACUCCAGACGAAUGGGUCAACCAAAGGCCAUGACCAAGGCCGACAUUGAAGAGUUCAAAGAGGCUUGGGGAGCUGCUGUCAGACGCGCAGUAAAAGCUGGAGUUGACUAUAUCGAAAUCCACAAUGCACACGGAUACCUCCUCUACUCCUUCCUUUCGCCGGUCUCGAACAAUCGUACCGACGAAUACGGUGGCAGCUUUGAAAACCGUAUGCGACUUACCCUUGAGAUCGUUGAUAUUUCCCGCAAGAACAUGCCAGAAAAUAUGCCGCUGUUCCUCCGGGUAUCUGCCACAGAUUGGCUCGAAGAAUCCCGCCCAGACUUACCAAGCUGGAAAUUGGAAGAUACGGUACGUUUCGCGCAGGUGCUGGCGGAAAAGGGAGGGGUCGAUUUCCUCGAUAUUAGCUCUGGCGGCAACCAUACGGAUCAGAAGAUCAAGAUCGGCCCGGGAUUCCAGGCGCCGUUCGCCAUUGCUGUGAAGAAAGCCGUGGGAGACCGUAUCGCCGUGGGCACUGUGGGGAGCAUCACGAACGGCAAACAGGCAAAUGACCUGUUGGAAAAUGAAGGGCUAGAUGCAGUAUUAGUGGGCAGGCUUUUCCAGAAAAAUCCGGCCGUGGUGUGGGCAUUUGCAGAAGACCUGGGCGUGGACAUCAAGCUUGCGAAUCAGAUCGGAUGGGCGUUCGCUACAAGAGGAUCAACCGGCUUUUUGAAGUUGAGAGGGAGGGAACAGAAGAAUUAG